AGCCCGCUGGUUAGCCUGCCAUGGCCGGCUCCGAGCAGGACAGCGGCGACCUCGAAAAGGCACCGCUGCCUAUUGAGGACUCGGAGCUGGCGCUGGCCGGGAUCAACAUGCUGCUCAACAACGGCUUCCGGGAGUCCGACCAGCUCUUCAGGAAAUACAGAAACCAUAGUCCAUUAAUGAGCUUUGGAGCCAGCUUUGUCAGCUUUUUGAAUGCCAUGAUGACUUUUGAAGAAGAGAAAAUGCAGUUGGCAUGUGAUGACCUAAAAGCCACUGAAAAACUCUGCGAGAGUGAAGAAGCUGGAGUUAUAGAAACUAUUAAAAAUAAAAUUAAAAAGAAUGUUGAUGGCCGAAAGGCUGCCCCAUCCAUGAUUGAUCGUCUACAGAGGCAGAUAAUUGUAGCAGACUGUCAGGUUUACCUCGCUGUGCUUUCAUUUGUAAAGCAAGAAUUGUCAGCAUAUAUAAAAGGUGGGUGGAUCCUUAGAAAAGCUUGGAAAAUCUACAAUAAGUGCUAUGCAGACAUUAAUAUGCUUCAGGAAUUAUAUCAGAAGAAGAUAACUCAGGAAUCCUUGACUUCUGAUGCUGCAAAUGAUAAUCAUAUUGCUACAGAAGGUGUAACGGAGGAUUCACUAAACAGACUGAAAGGUGCUGUUAGCUUUGGAUAUGGACUUUUUCACCUUUGCAUAUCCAUGGUGCCCCCAAACCUGCUCAAAAUCAUCAACCUGCUGGGUUUUCCUGGAGACCGCCUACAGGGGCUUUCUUCACUGAUGUAUGCAAGUGAAAGUAAGGACAUGAAGGCCCCUUUAGCUACAUUAGCCUUGCUGUGGUACCACACUGUGGUUCGUCCUUUUUUUGCUUUGGAUGGCAGUGAUACCAAAGCAGGAUUGCAAGAGGCUAAAGAGAUUCUUCAGAAAAAAGAAGCUGCUUAUCCCAAUUCUUCUCUCUUUAUGUUUUUCAAGGGAAGGAUACAGCGUUUAGAGUGUCAAAUCAACAGUGCCUUGACCUCCUUUCAUACUGCUUUGGAAUUUGCAACUGAUCAGAGGGAGAUUCAACAUGUCUGCCUAUAUGAAAUUGGCUGGUGUAGCAUGAUAGAAAUGAAUUUCAAGGAUGCAUUUGAAUCCUUUGAACGUCUAAAAAAUGAAUCAAGAUGGUCCCAGUGCUACUAUGCCUAUUUAACAGCAGUGUGUCAAGGAGCCACUGGUGAUGUGAAUGGGGCACAGAAUGUAUUCAAGGAAGUUCAGAAGCUCUUUAAAAGAAAAAACAAUCAAAUUGAACAGUUUUCAGUCAAAAAGGCAGAUAGGUUUAGGAAGCAAAAACCAACCCAACAGCUCUGUAUACUGGCAUCCAUUGAAGUCUUGUAUUUAUGGAAAGCCCUUCCGAACUGUUCCUUCACCAACCUACAGCACAUGAGUCAAGCUUGCCAAGAAGUUGAUGAUUCUGCUGUUGUUGGUUUGAAGAACUUGCUGCUUGGUGCCAUACAUAAAUGUUUAGGAAAUACUGAAGAUGCUGUUCAGUUCUUUCAGCAAGCCCUUAAAGAUGAUCUGUGCCGCCAAAACAACUUAUAUAUUCAGCCCUAUGCUUGCUAUGAACUUGGCUGCCUCCUGUUGGAAGACCCACAGACGGUGCCAAGAGGCAAAACUUUACUGCUUCAGGCCAAGGAGGAAUUCACAGGGUAUGAUUUUGAGAACAGAUUGCAUGUCCGAAUACAUGCAGCGUUAGCCUCCCUGAGGGAAGUAGUCCCCCAGUGAUGGUCUGGAAGCCUCAACUCUUCAUUCCUCACAGUAUCUGCAUUCUACAACAACUUGGAGAACAAAACUGUGGGAAAGGCCAAUUUCUCCUCUGAAAAACCACCUGUGCCAGAGACACUUUCCAUACCAUGCAGAGUUUGUGACAGAAAAAUAUUGCAGUCUUGACAAUUAGGGACAACAUUUAGCCAAAAAGGCUAAGUGACCUUUGGCUCAGUACACUAGAACUUGACCCGUGCAAGCCCCAUUUAAAUAUGCCGGAGCUGGAAACCAUGUUCCUGCCUAACCUGUGGUGUUCAAUGAGAUUUGUGCAGGAGAACUGUCCUUUGGAGUCCUUGUAUUUGUUGGGGGGAAGUGUUUUGUUUUAGCCAAGCUGAGCGUAUUAGCCUGUGAUUGUACAAAUGAGCCUACAAGAAGCACACUUUGAUUUACCUAUAACAAUAUUGGCUCCACUUCUGCAAGUAGGAUUUUUCUUUCUGUUUUAAUUUUGUAGAGGGGAGCCACUUGUUUGUUGAAACAGUACUGCAUAAUUGUUUCAAACUGUACAUACGCAAGAUUGGAUAAAAAAUUUAUUCAGAGGUCAGCAAAAAUGGAAUGAAAAAAGAUGGGCACUCUUGCAGCACAAUUUCAUCUGUUCCUUUUAGUUUACUUCAUCUAGAGAUAUGUGGAUGAAUGAUAACUAUCACCAUAUUUAUGCUAAAAUAUGAGACUAUCUAGAAAUGUUCUUCUAUUUUUCAGUCAAAUAUUUAUUUUUUGAACCCCUAAUGAUUGUGUUGGGCAUUUUAUAACAAUGUUAAGUGGUACUAAGGCCUGCUACCUUGUUUCAAGGUGUUGAGCAAAUUAAUUAUCACACAUUGCUAAAACUUCUGACAAAGUAGUAAUCUUUACUUUUAAAGUUUUAAAUCUCAUAUUGGAGCAAGAUUGUUGUAUUAAAUAUUACAGGGCUUUCUAUAUGCCAUGUGGCAUUAUAAGCCUGUGGUGUUACCAUACCUUUAGUGUUCCAGUCAGUUCUAGAGCUUUUAAAGUAAUGUACAAAUUCACUCAUUUUCCCCCUGUCUGUCACACUUUGGUUUUUUUUGAAGCAGGUUGAUUUUUAAAGACAUUUUUCAAAUAACAAUUUUUCCUAAAACCUUGGGAAUUGUGUAACAUUGAAAAUAGAGUAUUUAAUCCCCCCCCCCCUUUCAAAUGGUAAAAGCCUUACACUCUCUCUCAUUCUGAAAUACUGUAUGUUGACUUCAAUUUUCUCUCUUCCUCUGAAAAACGAUGUAUCUUGUUCAUCAUUCACCUGAAUUGGCUGGCUCCAAAAAUUUCAUGGCAUGCAGAGAGUAGAAAUUCGCUGACUCUGAUUUAAAGGUUGGCAGGUUACCAAUGCAUAUUUGGUGUUACAUACAAGAAGGGGCUUCCCCAUUCACAUCAGCAUUUUGGGAAUACUUUGCGACAGGCAGCCACAUAUAGAGGAUUCCCCAACACUGACAUGUAUAGGGCCACUCCUGCUUUCUCAGACUGUCACCUGUGCAGUGACUACCUACUGAAGCAGAACACUCCAGCUACUAAAAAGCACUUAGUGGCAGCUAAACCUUCCUCCUUUCUAAAGAGAGGAUGAAUGUUAGAUGUAACACAGCUUUCAUGUAUAGUCACAGCAUAUGCUGUGAAUGCACUUCUUUAGACAUGAUUAUUCUUGGUUGGAAAGAGAUAAUUUCUAAAUCCAUUUGGCUGACUGCUUCUUGCAUUUUGUUACAUUUUACAGACUUGGGAUAAUUGAUCUCAUGUUGGCAUAUGUAUGAAAGCAAGGCAUGAUGAUGUAUAUUUAUGUGUGUGCCUGAGUUGCCCACAAUUGCAGAUCCACUUCUGGACUCCCUGGUUCAGAGUUUUGUUGGGAUAUUUGCAUUACUUUUUCACGUUGUCCAAACCAGAGCAUGAAAAGCGGAAAUGGGGUAGGAGACUGAAGCACAGUAAUGCUAGAGCAGGAGUCUUCCUUUUGCAACAUAACUGCAUUGCUCAAACCCUUGGGGCCAUAGAGAACAGCUAAUAGGUUCACUAUUCACUCACAUGGGUAAAAAUUUCACCCUGUGGUGCAGGGAACUGAGUCAGCAAUCCCGAAUCUACAAAAUGUAACGAAACAUAGGAGAAGCACUGCUUGGAUAACUAUGAGGGGAUGGGGAGAGGGGCGGAAUUACAUAUAUACUGUACCCUUAUAUGAAAGUAACUUUAAAUCCCUGAUUCUGAAUCAUAGGUAGAUAUAAUAUCCUUGAAUUAUUUUUAUGCUACAGUUUCUUAUGGAUAAAAGCAAUCUUAACUGCCCUGCCAUUAUUUGUAAGACACAGACCACUAAGUUAAACAAGGUCGGCAUCAUUGACAGCAAUAGAACUAAACCAUCAAAUAAACUUCUGCCAAACAGGCUGCCUUGUGUAUCACGCGCAACUCAGUGUGUGGUCAAGGCUACUACAAUAAUAAAACUCUUGUAGUGGAAGAUUGAGGCCAUAGGAGGUCCUCUGUGUAUGCAAUUAGAUUUUAAAUAAAGCUGUAGUGAUAUGAUCACAGGCCUGUUCCUGUCACCGGGCCUGUAUGAGUUGCAUUAUCUCACGAGCAAAAUAACCUCAUUGUGUACAAUGACGAUGACUCAGUGCCACAUCCAUCAGUGUAUUUUCCCUCACUCCCAGCCCUCUCAUGCACACCUUAUAGAAUAAACCUCUAUCUUGUAAAUGUCAAAGGUAUUUUUAUAUUAGAUUAUGCCUGUGAUGAGAACAAUCUCAGCUGUAUUUUAUGUAAUCUGAUCUUUUUUUAUAUUUUAUAGCUCGGAGGCAUGGUCUAAUAGCAAUAACGGAGUAAACAUCUCAUUGGUUAAUAUAUAUAUAUUAAGAAUUUACCAGGUCAAGUAUAUAUAUAUUUUUUUGGUUGUUGAUACCUUUUUAUUGCAUUAUUCGAGUGAAUAACUUGAAUUUUUACAUGUCACUUUAGAUGGUUUACUGUGGUGUGCUAUGAAUGUCAUUAACUUACAGAGCUUGUAGAUUUUUAUAUUUCUGCUGAGUAAAAUUAAAAGAUGACAAGAACCCAGAUUUUUCUUGUUGCUCUUCAUAAUCACCCGUCAGUAAAUAGUUUCAGGUGAGAUUUGCCAGGUUUUUCAGAGUUAACUGGAUGUCUGUCAAAGUAUGGCCAAACUUGGAUGUAAUGGAAGUAUGGCCAAACUGGUGUAACAUAUGACGAAACUUGGAUGUGAUACCAGAGAGACAAGCAGUAUCUCCCAGUGUGUUUUACUUUAAUCCAGCCAUGGGAAGAAGUACUUUAAAUGUGACUGGAGCAUCAGGAGUGCUGCAUUCUUUCCCCACAUCAAAACACCCAGCUGAUUUCCCUUUCAGGGCAAAAGACUAGGGAUGGGUCCGGACCGGUCUGGAGGUCAUUGUAAAGGCCUCUGGACCGUUCGGACCUGGCCGGUCCGGUCCGGGUGGAGGGGGUUCCUUUAAGGGCGGGGAGGGUUUACUUACCCCUCCCGCUGCUUUGCCCCCUCCAGCGCUUGUAUUUACUGUAGAAAUUGGGGCGGCAGGAUACCUCCCUGCCGCCCCUUGACCCUCCGCAAUGCAAAAGGCUCUGGCAAGCCUUUUGCGCAUGCGCACGUCGCGCGCGAGCUUCACGUCUCCCCAACGCCGGAGGCCCAGUCUACCCGGCCUCGGCCCCUGCCGGCACCCCUACAAAAGACACCUGGAACUAAUAUAUUUUCUCCCUCAUAGUUGAGAGAGAAGCAUGGAGAGGGAAUUUUGAUUUGUUUAAAGAGUUAAGCACACCUUCUACUAAAAUAACAUUUGGAGGCCCCUGGAAUCUUCCUGCAACUGGAUUAAAUACAAACACCUUUAGGAAUACAUUCUUUGUACAUUCAGACAUCAUGCAAAACUAUGAUUUAACUAAUGUUUAUUUUGCAAAUCUAGAUUGGCACCACAGACUAUAAUCAGAUCUUGGUGUGUUUUUGCCAUUUCAUAGUAAGUUCUGGUCCUGCCCCUUUGCCUUACCUUUCAUGACCUAGACACGUGUGUCUCUCUCUCUCCCCAGGAACUCCAUGAAGGCCAGGCUACUGAAGCAAACCAAGAUUAAGCCAUGGUUGCAGAUUCAGACAACAUAUGAAGCCUUGGUUAGGACAAACAAAUCAACUUCAAACCUUGGGUUCAGAUAAUGGUUUAACAGCACCAAAUGCACCAUGAUUUGUAUAGCUGGCAUGGGUUCAGACAUAGAAACUAACCACAGUUAGAUGAAAUAAACCAUAGUUCCAUGUGAUGUCUGAAUCCACCCUAAGUGUAUCCUGCAUUACUUUUAGUGUGGCCCUUGGGUCUGGCUUUUGCUGAUAUGGUAGGCCUUUAGUCUGCCUGUGGGGCUUUCAUAAAUGAAUGUCCCUUAAUACAAUUAUCUCCAUGUAGGAAGCUAGCUUAUGGGAACAGGCUCAAACCAAGAACCUUUCUCACCAGUUUUUUAUGUACAGCCCAAACACAGGUUUACACCCCAGUGAGAACUAGGCAAAGAUCUUGCGGUCUGAACAUUUCUUUUUGCAUCAUAAUUUUAUUUAUCCCAAGAUUAGCGGAUGGAUUACAUCAUGUACAAUAAGUAAACUGUAAUCUGAUUCUCACUUGGCUAUGAACAUCUGAGUACAAAAUGCAUGUGUUAGUGUCUGUUGUGAAGGCCAUGCAUGCAUUCAAGCAGAUGGCUUCUCCACAAUAUGAAUAGUCACAUGGGUCUGAUCCUUUUCUUGUAAUGCCUUUUUCCUGUAUACUGUAGGUAGAGAAAACCAGCUUUUUGAAUGUAUGCAUGCCAUUCACAUUUGAUGCCUGCCACGUGUAUUGUGUAUUCUUUUGUACUUGAGUAUAGAUAUUCAAAUAACAUUAAUUGACCCUCAGUUGUGGUUUGGACAAACAUAUCUUGUGUUUCAUCCCAAAAUUUUUGUUCUGUUUCUAUGUUUGCCAUGCAAAACCUGUAUUCAUUUACUCUUUAACACACACACACACACCCGCCCGCCAUUUUCACUGGAGCAAACUCCCUCUCUCUUUGUUCUGUUACUAACUUUUAAAUACUUGCUUGUUCUCUCCACAUUUGUUCUUAAAUAAAAACAGUCAUACCUUG